CCCUCCUCUCCAACUAUACGUCCUUCCCUUCCAGAAAUACCUCUCCUUCAAAGUCGAAGUUGUUUAACCUGCACAAGUUCUUUCUGUUGUGGACUUGUGCUCUAUUACCUCUGCCCUGCUCUGAUUCAGUUCAUUCAGCAUUGGGCCUCACCAAGUCGCCGGUUCUCGAUCUGACCUGAGGAUCCGACUUUGACCAUACCUUCUCCUCAUUACCAUCAUAGCCACAUUCCGUCACAAUGCGGCCCGAAGUCGAGCAAGAGCUCGCACACACCCUGCUCGUUGAGCUGUUGGCAUAUCAGUUUGCUUCUCCAGUAAGAUGGAUCGAAACACAGGAUGUCAUUUUGGAGGCAAAUCGAACAGAGCGGAUAGUCGAGAUCGGUCCCGCGGACACUCUCGGUGGUAUGGCAAAAAGAACUUUGGCAUCCAAGUACGAAGCAUAUGACGCCGCCACAUCCGUUUCACGGCAGGUCCUGGCAUACAACAAGGAUCAAAAAGAAAUUUACUACGACGUUGACCCUGUUGAGGAAGAGGCCGCACCCGCCGCUGCCCCCGCAGCUUCUUCUGGAGCUCCUGCGGCCACUCCAGCUGCAGCUGCGGCACCAGUUGCGGCAGCCCCGUCAGCUCCCAGCGCCGGUCCUGCUGCUGCAGUCGCCGACGCUCCUGUCGCUGCUGUAGAUAUCGUCAGAGCUUUGGUCGCCCAGAAGCUUAAGAAGCCUCUGGCUGACAUUCCUCUCAGCAAAGCCAUCAAGGAUUUGGUCGGUGGAAAGUCUACGCUGCAAAAUGAGAUCCUGGGUGAUCUUGGAAAAGAGUUUGGAUCGACGCCUGAGAAGCCAGAAGAUACUCCUCUUGACGAGCUGGGUGCUUCAAUGCAGUCUACUUUCAAUGGCCAACUCGGCAAGCAGUCACAAUCUUUGAUCGCUCGUCUGGUAUCUUCCAAGAUGCCUGGUGGUUUCAACAUCACAGCCGUUAGAAAACACUUGGAAACCUCUUUUGGCCUUGGCCCUGGCCGACAAGACGGAGCCCUCUUGCUUGCGCUUACCAUGGAGCCGCCCGCUCGUCUUGGCUCUGAAAACGACGCAAAGACGUAUCUUGGUGAUGUCGCCAACAAAUAUGCUUCUACGGCAGGAAUCAGCCUAUCCUCGGCCUCAGCCGCAGGUGCUGCUGGUGGUGCUGCAGGUGGUGGCAUGAUGAUGGACCCUGCUGCAAUUGAUGCGUUGACCAAAGACCAACGAGCUCUAUUCAAGCAGCAGCUCGAACUGUUUGCUCGGUAUCUCAAGAUGGACCUCCGUUCAGGCGACAAAGCAUUUAUCGGCUCGCAAGAGAACAACAAGGCUCUUCAAGCUCAGCUUGAUUUGUGGAACACCGAGCACGGAGAGUUUUACGCCACCGGCAUUGAACCUUCUUUCAGUGCCUUGAAGGCUCGCAUCUACGACUCAUCGUGGAAUUGGGCUCGACAAGAUGCCCUGAGUAUGUACUACGACAUCAUCUUCGGCCGCCUGCAGGCAGUCGACCGUGAAAUCGUCAGCCAGUGCAUCCGCAUCAUGAACAGAUCCAACCCGACCCUGAUUCAGUACAUGCAAUAUCACAUUGACAACUGUCCCACCGAACGAGGAGAGACAUAUCAACUGGCCAAAGAACUGGGACAGCAGCUUAUUGAGAACUGCAAAGACGUUCUCAAUGAAGCGCCAGUCUACAAGGACGUCUCCGUUCCCACUGGUCCACAAACUACCAUCGAUGCCCGCGGAAACCUUGACUACAAAGAAGUUCCACGUCAAAGCGCUCGCAAACUUGAGCAGUAUGUUCGAGAAAUGGCAGAAGGAGGAAAGAUCUCAGAAUACAGCAACCGUGCCAAGGUUCAAAAUGAUCUUCGCAACGUCUAUAAGCUGAUUAGAAAGCAACACAAGCUAUCCAAAGCUUCCCAGCUUCAGUUCAACAGCUUGUACAAGGAUGUUGUCCGUGCUUUGGCCAUGAACGAGGCUCAUAUCAUGCCUCAAGAAAAUGGCGAAGUCAAGAAACCAGGUCGAAAUGGCUCAGUGGCUCGGGCUACCAUGAAUGGCACCGCCAAACAUGGCAAGACAGAAACUAUUCCUUUCUUGCAUUUGAAGAAGAAGCAAGAACAUGGCUGGGAGUACAGCAAGAAGCUCACCGGUGCUUACAUCGACGGAUUGGAGGAGGCUGCUCGCUCUGGUAUUAGCUUCCAGGGCAGAAUGGCUCUGAUGACUGGUGCUGGUGCCGGAUCAAUCGGUGCGGAGGUCCUCCAAGGCCUCAUCAGUGGUGGAGCAAAAGUUGUGGUCACCACGAGCCGAUAUUCUCGCGAGGUCACAGAAUACUAUCAAUCCAUGUACGCCCGCUUUGGUGCCCGAGGAUCACAACUUGUGGUUGUCCCAUUCAAUCAAGGCAGCAAGCAGGACGUCGAUGCCCUUAUCGAGUACAUCUAUGAUACUAAGAAGGGUCUUGGGUGGGAUUUGGACUUCAUCGUGCCAUUCGCGGCUAUCCCCGAAAAUGGCCGUGAGAUCGACAGCAUCGAUUCCAAGUCUGAGUUGGCUCACCGCAUCAUGUUGACCAACUUGGUUCGUAUGUUGGGUGCUGUGAAAGCGAAAAAAUUCGAGGGCGGCUUCAACACCCGUCCAGCUCAAGUUAUCCUACCCCUUUCACCCAACCACGGCACUUUCGGUAACGACGGCCUUUACUCUGAGUCCAAAUUGGGCUUGGAGACACUCUUCAACCGUUGGUACUCCGAAAGCUGGGCAGACUACCUGACUAUCUGCGGUGCCGUCAUCGGAUGGACUCGUGGCACAGGUCUCAUGAGCGGUAACAACAUUGUCGCCGACGGUGUUGAGAAGCUCGGCGUGAGGACUUUCUCUCAGCAAGAAAUGGCUUUCAACUUGUUGGGCCUGAUGUCACCAGCCAUUGUUGACCUUUGCCAGACCGAGCCUGUCUGGGCAGAUCUCAAUGGCGGCCUCCAAUUCUUGCCAGACUUGAAGGAUCUCAUGACGAGAUUGCGCGCUGAGAUCAUGGAAACCAGCGCCGUCCGACAAGCUGUGACCAAGGAAACCGCAAUCGAGAACAAGAUCGUCAAUGGCGAGGAUAGCGAAGCGCUGUAUAAGAAGGUCACCAUCGAGCCCAGAGCGAAUAUCAAGUUUGAAUUCCCCACUCUUCCCAAGUGGAAGGAGGACGUCGAGCCGCUCAAUGCCAAGCUCAAGGGCAUGGUCGAUCUCGACAAGGUUGUUGUCGUUACCGGCUUUGCUGAACUUGGUCCUUGGGGUAACUCGCGCACUCGGUGGGAGAUGGAAGCUUACGGCGAAUUCUCUCUGGAAGGUUGCGUUGAGAUGGCCUGGUUGAUGGGUCUGAUCAAGAACCACAACGGUCCUCUCAAGGGUAAAACCUACUCUGGCUGGGUGGAUGCAAAGACUAGCGAGCCUGUCGACGACAAAGAUGUCAAGGCUCGAUAUGAGAAGCAAAUACUCGAGCACGCUGGCAUUCGUCUGAUUGAACCGGAACUCUUCAAUGGGUAUGAUCCCAAGAAGAAGCAGCUCCUUCAGGAAAUUCAGAUCGAGGAAGAUUUGGAUCCAUUCGAGGCUUCUAAGGAGACUGCCGAGGAGUUCAAACGACAACACGGUGAGAAGGUGGAAAUCUUUGAGCUUGAGUCUGGUGAAUACACUGUCCGGCUGCGGAAGGGUGCCACUCUGCUCAUUCCUAAGGCCCUCAGAUUCGAUCGUCUUGUUGCUGGCCAGAUCCCUACUGGUUGGAACGCUAAGCACUACGGCGUUCCAGACGAUAUCAUCUCGCAGGUCGACCCGGUCACUCUCUUUGUCCUUGUCUGCACCGUCGAGACAUUGCUUGCUUCCGGUAUCACUGACCCAUACGAAUUCUACCAGUACGUCCAUCUUUCGGAGGUUGGCAACUGCGUGGGUUCCGGUAUCGGUGGUACAACCGCACUCCGUGGCAUGUACAAGGAUCGAUUCAUGGACAAGCCUGUUCAAAAGGAUAUUCUACAGGAGUCCUUCAUCAACACCAUGGCUGCCUGGGUCAACAUGUUGCUCUUGUCGUCCACAGGUCCAAUUAAGACACCCGUCGGUGCAUGCGCAACUGCUGUUGAAUCCGUCGAUAUUGGUUACGAAACCAUCAUCGAAGGAAAGGCGCGCGUUUGCUUGGUCGGUGGCUUUGACGAUUUCCAGGAGGAAGGCUCCUACGAAUUCGCCAACAUGAAAGCUACCAGCAACGCCGAGGAUGAGUUUGCUCAUGGUCGAACACCAAAAGAGAUGUCCAGACCCACAACCACAACCCGAAACGGCUUCAUGGAAUCCCAGGGCUGUGGUAUGCAAAUUAUCAUGACAGCUCGUCUUGCCCUGGACAUGGGAACCCCGAUCUAUGGUAUUCUUGGCCUGGUCACCACCGCUACAGAUAAGAUUGGCCGCUCUGUACCUGCUCCAGGUCAGGGUGUCUUGACGACUGCUCGCGAAAACCCUGGCAAAUACCCAUCACCUCUACUAGACAUCAACUAUCGCAGACGUCAACUCGAUCUACGCAGACGUGCUAUCAAGGAUUGGCAGGAGUCUGAGUUCUUGUAUCUGCACGAAGAGGUCGCUGCCAUGAAGGCUCAAUCUGGCUUUGGAUUCGAUGAGAAAGAGUACAUGGAAGAGCGUGCUGCUCACAUUGAGCGUGAAGCCAUCAAACAAGAAAAGGAGGCCCAGUACAGCUUAGGCAACAAUUUCUGGAAGCAAGAUCCUGCCAUUGCUCCACUCCGUGGUGCGCUCGCCACCUGGGGUCUUACCAUUGAUGACCUUGAUGUUGCAUCUUUCCAUGGUACAUCGACCGUUGCCAACGACAAGAACGAGUCAGAAGUUAUUUGCAAGCAGAUGGCCCAUCUGGGCCGAAAGAAGGGCAAUGCUCUACUUGGUAUCUUCCAGAAAUACCUUACUGGUCACCCCAAGGGUGCUGCUGGUGCCUGGAUGUUCAACGGCUGUCUGCAAUCCAUGAACAGUGGCAUUGUGCCGGGAAACCGCAACGCCGACAACAUUGAUCAGGUGAUGGAGAAGUUCGACUACAUUGUGUACCCAAGCCAUUCACUGCAGACCGAUGGUAUCAAAGCUUUCUCCGUCACCUCUUUCGGUUUCGGUCAGAAGGGUGCUCAGGCGAUUGGUAUCCAUCCCAAGUACCUCUUUGCCACGUUGGAUCAAGCAGAAUUCCAACGAUACAAGGUCAAGGUUGAGGCUCGACAGAAGAGAGCCUACAGAUUCUUCCACAACGGCAUGAUCAACAACACCCUGUUUGUGGCCAAGUCGCAUGCUCCAUACCCUGACGAGCUGAUGCAAAAUGUCUUCUUGAAUCCGGAACAACGAGUUUCAGCCGACAAGAAGACCGGCGAGCUCAAAUAUUCCGCCACAGCACCCAAGAAGUCUCUCAGCUCCAACGCCCAGGAGACCAAGGCCAUGCUUGAGUCACUGACGCAAGCCAGUGCCAAGGAGGGGUCCAAAAUUGGUGUCGACGUUGAGGACAUUCGAGCCAUCAACAUUGAGAACGACACAUUCGUAAAACGAAACUUUACCGAAUCAGAGCGUACCUACUGCAGUAAGGCUCCUUCACCUCAGGCUUCGUAUGCUGGCCGGUGGAGUGCCAAAGAGGCUGUGUUCAAAUCGCUCGGUGUCUCUAGCAAGGGCGCAGGCGCGGCCCUCUACGACAUUGAGAUUCUCAGUGACGAGAACGGUGCUCCCAAGGUUGAACUUCACGGAGCUGCGUUGCAAGCAGCCAAGGAUGCUGGUGUGAAGAAUGUCAAUGUCAGCAUCAGUCACAGCGAGAGCCAGGCGAUUGCUGUUGCUGUGUCUGCAUUCUAAGAUGUACUAAUUGGGCUUGUAUAGACCUGGAGCGGAGGUCCAGCAGGCUGAACAUGUUGUGAAUAGCACAUGAUGGGAUGACGGCUUUUCCUUGUGGUAUAUUUUAAUUGCAUGGGGCUGCCGGUUCGGUCAGGAGGCGUCCGGGUGACUUGUAGCGACUUUGUAGAUUGAUCCAGACGGAUCAUUCUGAAGAGAGGCAAUAGAUUCUCUUACCAUCAUCAAUGUAUACAGAGAUAUAAUGAUCCUAAAACUGAGUACAUACAUUCUUUGGCUGAACGCUUAGAUCAAUAACACGUCGCAGUAUUCGGU